UGAAAUGUUAAUUUACGUAAUAAUUGAAUGUUUAAGGGUAUUGUACAAUGACCACGUUCCAUAGUUUCAACUUCCAGAAUAAUACAGAGUCUGAGGUUCUCUUUAACUAAAACGUUUAAGAUAGCAAUGAAUUCGGAAAAUCGAGUUGAUCGUCGUGAUACUAAUGAUGAUGGUACUACUAUUACUAACCCCAACAACGGCCUAACUCCAUUGCAACGGAUGAUAUCAUCAUGCUCGGGAGCAGUUAUAACGUCUUUGUUUGUUACUCCUCUUGAUGUUGUGAAAAUUCGGCUCCAAGCUCAGCAAAAGGAAUUCAUACGGAAUAAAUGUUUCCUCUAUUGCAAUGGUUUGAUGGAACACUUGUGUUUUUGUUUAAAUGGAAAUGGGAAUUCCAAUGGAAAUGGGCCGGUAACUUCACCACACUGGUAUAGAAGACCUGGUCAUUUUACUGGAACUUUGGAUGCAUUUAUCAAAAUUACUAGAACAGAGGGAUUAAGUUCUUUAUGGAGUGGGCUUCCACCUACAUUAGUUAUGGCUGUUCCUGCAACUGUGAUUUACUUCACCUUGUAUGACCAACUUCGUGAUUAUCUAGUACACAAUUUCACAGCUCCAAAACAGCCAGUAUGGGUUCCUAUGGUGUCUGGGGCAGCUGCAAGAGUUAUUGCUGUCACUGUGAUAAGUCCACUGGAACUUGUUAGAACAAAGAUGCAGUCCAAAAAACUAAGUUAUUUUGAAAUUGGAAAAGCUGUCCAUAGUUUAGUACAAGUUCAAGGCUAUUUGUCCCUUUGGAGAGGCCUAGAAUCAACUAUUCUUAGAGAUGUGCCAUUUUCAUGUAUUUACUGGGCCAGUUAUGAACAAAUAAAGAUACAAUUUCAAAUGGAACAACCUGGAUUUUGGUUCAGUUUUAGUGCUGGAGCAACUGCUGGAACUGUAGCAGCUGUAUUGACUCUUCCCUUUGAUGUGGUUAAAACACAUCGACAGAUAGAGCUAGGAGAAAUGGAAAUUCUUGCUAAGAGCAGUAAUAAGCAACUGACUAGCACAUACGAUAUACUGAGGAACCUUUAUCGUCAAAGGGGUUUCAGAGCAUUAUUUGCUGGUAUUGUUCCAAGAGUAGUAAAAAUUGCUCCAGCCUGUGCCAUCAUGAUUAGCACCUACGAAUUUGGUAAGGCUUUCUUCCGACAACAUAAUAAUGCCCAUCGUGGAGUUCAAACUCUUUGAUCAACUGUAUAUAGACGUUUUUUUUUGCAUUUGAGUUGUUGACUGAAGAGCAGCAAGAAAAGUUUAUUCUGUCCAUUUUAUAUUUUCUGUAUAAAAUGUUCCAGGGCAAGAAGGAAAGUUAUAUGGUGUCUAGUAUUUUUGACUAGCUGAUCUUGCUGUCAGAAGAGAAUGUUGUUUUACAUUCAGCAAAUCUGAUUAGCUGGUCCAGGACAAAAAAAGAAAGAAAAUGGCUAACAUAUUUCCAGAAUGAUGUUUAUAGACAAGAACCAAAAAUGUCAACGUCUUGUGCUUCCUAAUGGUGCCUUAUAAUAUUCAUUUUAUUUCAUUGAAUACUAGAUACUAGGCACUUCAUUAUUAAAAGAUAAAUAUUUAAUGUUAAUCAGUACGAUUUCUUUUUUUGAUUAGCUUUUUUCUGUCCCCCACCCCUUUAUGUAAACAUUUUAGUUUGGAAAUGGGUUUUUCCUUUUCUUAACUUAUUUGUAAUUAUAGUUUUUUAUGUUACUCAGAAUUGGGUUUUUAGCCAAGAGGAGGUUUGAAAGACCUUGGCUAAGUCAAAUAGUGUGGCUAAACAGAGUUAAGGGCAAUGUAUAUAUAUAUAUAUAUGUAUGGUUAUUGUAGAACUGAUUAUUUUCUUUCUGCUUGUUGAUGCAUGUACAUAUUCACAUUUGAUUGGUUGAAGUCAGUACAGACACUAAAACUUGUAGAGAUUGUCAAAUAAAUAUUCAAACUUCUCUGAAGAAAA